AUGUCGAAAGAUUCAUUGGGUCGAAUUCCACUUCACAUGGCAUGUUCUCCUUAUUUGAACGUUGCCGAAGAUGCGUUUGAGAUCCUGCUUGAAGCCGGCUCUGAUCCUGAUUCGAAAGACAUCAACGGUGAAACUCCCCUACAUAUGGUUGCACGAGCGGGCUUUUUCUGGGGGGUCCGUAUUCUGGUGGCGGGUGGCCUGGCCGAUUUUAUGGCAAAGAAUAAUGAUGGCAAUACAGCAUUGCACUUAGCAGUGCGGAGUGAGCGUGGAGAGAUAGGCGAUGAAACGAUCACGGAGUUGCGUAAUGCGGGUGUGGAUUCCAGCUUGGUGAACAGCGAUGGUCAAAGUGCUAUGGAUCUAGCAUGGGACCUGGGCGAGGAAGAAACCAUGACUGUUUUAUCUUGCGAGUUAUCUGCAGAAUCAGAUGAAGCCGAAUCCUCAAGAGACUCAGUGCAGUCUUGA